UUCGUCGAUCGGCCGUCGAAGCGUGAGACUCGGUGCGCGUCCGGACGACCUGUAACAGGACCUGUCAAAAUUUAAUGAUUUAUGUGUCAAAUCCGUCCCGGAUCGGCGGAAAACCGUGCGAAUUGUCGUCAGAAAUGUUCGUUCCUCAAUCGGCCUUCAGUUCCUACCACCGGUUGUGUUAAAACAGUGGGUUUAUUUUGUGUUUUUGAACGUUCUUAUUUUGAUUCACUGGGAUUAUCACAUUGAAAAAGCCCCUCAAGUGGUGAUAUGUAAAGGAAUUGAGCCCAAACUGAAACGUUUCAGGUCCAUGACAAUAAUGAGGUUGCGUACGCACUGGUCGCGACAGAUUCUGCGGAAAGGCUGAAGCAAUACGGUAAACAAGCCGAAAGGAUUUCGUCCUUGGACAAUAAAUUUGGUGAGAUGGCGACGACGGCGCGCAGGAGGGAUCCCGAGGAUGACAUCGCGGCGAUCGCGAAACAAAUCUCGGAUCAGGCGGAGGCCAUCUACCAAAACUGGAAGUCGAGGGGUUUGGCGCCGGCCGAUCUCAUCAGCUGCCAUGCCGCAGGAGACACCUCGAAACUCGGUUCGAUGUUGAAGCCUCAGCCGCCGGCCAAGCCGUCGAUCGAACUGCUGGCCCAGGCGCCCACCAUGGACAAUAACCGCCUCAAGAAGCUGGUGAAGAACUUCGUGGACGAGGACAAGGCCCGGGUGGCGGCCAGGAACAGCCCGAAGCCAUCCAGCAUCCAAUACGCGUUGCAGAAGUUCGAACAAGGUUCGACGCAGCCGGACGGCUUCGUCCGGAAACCCAUGGCGACGCCGGGACUCAAGAAGACCGUUCCCGUUUACGGCAAGGAGGCUUUCCAGCAGAACAACACCCAUCAGUCACCACAAAUCACAAACAAUCAUCACCCACAAUCGGCGAAGCCGACGAUCGGUCAGAAGCCUCAGAUCUCGCCGAAACCGAGACUGGCGGAGACGAUUGAGAUGACGCUGCCGCCCGACCUGACGGCCGGUCUGCAGACGUGGCCGCUCAAAAACCGCGUCAUCACCACCGACGCGGUCAAAAAGACGGCCGCCGAGGUCGGGCCCAACGACCAACAGCCGCCCUCACACCACUACAACACCCUACCCAACAAGAACGUCACCAAUAUCAUUGAAGAGGUGAACAUCGAAGAGAAACGUCUGCUCAACGCACUGAAAAACGGCGACGUGGUGCACGAAACCGGCCCCUCCACAGUGAUGCCGUCGCAGCUGCAGCAACCCAAGAAGGAGCCGGUUGAAAAAGACGCCCCGACCAAGUGGGGCCUCAGAGCCACCACCAGAAGACCGGAACAGACGGUGCCGCAUCCGGAGCUGACCACCAGCCAACGUCAGCAUCUGAGACAAACGAGUGCGAAUCCGGUGCGGCCGUUUUUGACUCGGGGUUCGGUGGCGGAACGGGUGCUGAUCUUCGAACGGUGUCCCAGUGAUCUGCUGUUGGAUAAGAGGGGGCGGGCGCCCGCCACGCAGCUCAGCAAACCUCAGCCGCUUCCAAAGCAGCCGGCGUUGCAGCACACGACGCUCCAAAGACAGGUGCGGGCGCACCGCAACGUCAACAUCCCCAGGUUCCACUUCCCGGCCGGCAAGCCGGGCCCGCCGGGCCAACUGGAGGCGGUGCGCGUCCGCGUCGCCACCGCCUUCGGCAAAAUCGGAGAGCGUGCCUCGAGGGAGCACUUCGGCGCCAUCGCCACCGCCUGCCAGUUACCGUUGUACUGGAAGACGCCCCUCUGUUUGGCCGCCUGUGCGGACAAGAGCAGCUGCACGAUGGACCAGUUCAUGACCUUCUGGCAAGCUAUGGCCACGACUUGCCACGACGCCGCGUCGAGAUUCGUCUACAUCUUGACCAGAGGCCGUCGCGUUUGGUUGGCGCCGGAAGACUUCAUUCCCUUGGUGCAGGACGUGGUGGAGACGCAUCCGGGAUUGACGUUCCUUAAGGAAGCCACGGAGUUCCACUCGAGAUACGUUCACACUGUCAUUGCCCGUAUUUACUACUGCGUCAAUAGGUCUUGGUCCGGUAAGAUCACCAUUCCGGAGCUGAGACGGUCGAACCUGCUCAACACCAUACAACUUCUCGAAGACGAGGAGGACAUUAAUCAAAUCACUCAGUACUUCAGCUACGAACACUUCUACGUCAUUUACUGUAAGUUCUGGGAGUUGGAUAGAGACCAUGACCUGUUCAUUGACAAGCAGGACUUGACCAGACACAACGACCACGCCUUAUCUAGUAGGAUAAUCGACAGGAUCUUCUCGGGCUGCGUGACGCGAGGCUCCAAGCUACAAAAGGAGGAGAAAAUGUCCUACACCGAUUUCGUGUGGUUCCUGCUCAGCGAAGAAGACAAGCUGCAUCCCACCGCCAUCGAAUAUUGGUUCAGGUGCAUGGACUUGGACGGCGACGGUUUCCUGUCCAUGUACGAGCUCGAAUACUUCUACGAGGAGCAGAUGAACCGCAUGGAGGCCAUCGGCAUCGAAACAUUACCUUUCCAAGACUGUUUGUGUCAAAUGUUGGACAUGGUCAAGCCGAAAAUGCAAGGCAAAAUAACGCUCAGCGAUCUGAAGAAGUGCAAAAUGACCCCCAUAUUCUUCGACACGUUCUUCAAUUUGGAGAAGUACCUGGAUCACGAGCAGAGGGAUCCGUUUGCUUCGCAAAGAGACCAUGACAUUGACGGUCAAGAGAUGUCUGAUUGGGAUAGAUAUGCAGCUGAAGAAUAUGAACUACUAGUUGCUGAAGAAGGCGGCAACGAUCAGCAAGACAGCAUGGAGUACAAUUGUGGCUAUGACAGGCUCGUUCGAUGAGGGCAACGAGGAUGAUUUGCUGUCGCAGCAUUUGGACGUUGCAUUGGACGAAGAUGCUGGCGACUUGACCGACGAAAGUGACGAGUGCAGCAUUUAGCGAGACGAGUGACAGAAUGCGUGCGUGAAAUUGUGCAACACUCACUGUCUAGUCUCGACGCAAUCCUAAUAGAAUGUUUAGAAUGUUUCAUUUAGUUUGACUCGUUCUAGGUCUGAACUUUUACGUUUUGUUUUUUUAAUUUAAAUUUUGGAAUAGUUGAAUGUUAGUGGACUAAACUGUUCUAAGAUAUCUGUCUUUUGAAGGAUUUGAUGAAUAUGGGAAGCAAAAUCUAUGUAAUAGAUUUUUAAUGUGAUCUUAAUAAUAGGAUGGAAGUUUUUAUUUAAAUUAUCCCGUCUGAUAGAUAGAUAGACAAUAGAGAAUUACAAUAUUUUGUUAACCAGCAAGGGGAAUUUAAUAAAAUAAAAGCAACGAUUUUGAUCGUUAACAAUUUUUAUUCGCAUUGUAUUUAUUUAAAAUUCUCUUAUUUUCUACUAAUGUUUUUUUCGUUUAGAGGUUCGAUGUUUUUAUACCAUUAAAAUAGGUAAUCGUAGUGCACACGCUAUUCUAAAAUAUCUGCAGGACUAAUAGAAUAGAUUUAGGCACAAAAUCUGUUGUGUGAUCUUUGAUAUUAAAGAAAAUAAAAAUAUUUUGUAUGCAAUUGAUACUAUGCUGUUGUCUAGGAUAGAAUUUGUUUGUUACUUCAGUAAAUGGAUUCAGUUGGGAAGUAAUAAUAAUUCAUUCUUUGAUUCUAUGUAAACUUCCAUAGUUCUAAAACAGAAUAUUAAUUCAAAUUGAUUUAUAAUACAUAUGCAAAUGAAUGUUUGAUUUUGAAUGUUGAAUGUAGGACUCAGAAUUUUUAAUAACCAUUCAAUAUUUAUAAGGUGAAUACAUAAUUCUGAGUCCUAGUUGUAUGAUUUAAUCAUUAGUUGUAAUUUAGCUCAUAAAGUGUUCAUUUUCUAUUAUUUUAAUUGCAAGACUGAUAAUUUUCGUUACAUCUUAUCUCAGAACGAUGAAUUAUUAUUCCUUUUCCUUUUUUUAGUAUUGUUAUCCACUAUAGGUGAUGAAAUAGGUGUUUCAAAUAUUAAGUAAAUGAAGACUAAAGUUUUGAAUAUCGGUUACAUGGUACAUGCAAUAGCUAUUUAAAUUGUUUUAUUACCAAUUCAUUGAUUUUGUACUUUAAUAGCUGACUGCAUAAGUUGUGUAACUUAUUUUAAGUGUUUUUCUUUUAUUUAAUGUUUUUAAGGUGAAUUUUCACUAAGGUGCAGCUAUUUGUUGAAUUGUAUAGUAUAGUUUAUUUAACAAUUUAUUUAACUUUUCUGAUAGAAUAGUAUGAAAUUUACUAGUCAUUUUUAUUAUAUUCAUACGUAUUUAUCAUUGUGACAUUGUAUAAAAUUGUUUAUUAUUUAGAUGAUAUAAUAUAUUGGUUUUCUCUUUAA